ACAAGUGUGGUCUUCUUAGGGUACUGGCUCAGGCAGCAGUUAAACCACCUAUAUGCUAACAAGCCUUUGCUACCAGGUUCCUAAGGGGUCCUGGCUGGGAAAAAUUAAAACCAAACCUUAGACCUCUGUCAGACUGAGAAGAAAAUUAUAUUUUUGAAGUAGUCUACAGUGUGGACAGGAAAUGACCCCUUCACAAACUGCUUCUUUAAAAACAAGCAGUGGUGCCUGAAGCUAUCCAGUCUCUCUCUCUCUCUCUCUGGAGCUUGUGCUCUCUCUCUCCCCCCCCCUUCUCUCUCUCUGUCUCCUGCUAUAGAAGGGCUCCAACAGCAGUUUCCAGCCAGUGUGUUCUCUCUCUCUCUCUCUCUCUCUCUCUGUCUCUGUGCGUCUGUGUGUGUGUGUGUGUGUGUGUGUCUCUCUCUCUCUCUCUCUCUCUGUGCCUGCCUGCUGCUACUUUGUACUGUGAAGAACACACAGCCCAUGUGCUCUGUAUGGAUGUUGAUGAUACUCUGUGUAGCUUGAUUCUCUGCAAGCAGGCAAGAUGUCCAGCACACCACAUGACCCUUUCUAUUCUUCUCCUUUUGGCCCAUUUUAUAGGAGACACUCACCAUACAUGGUGCAACCAGAGUACCGAAUCUAUGAAAUGAACAAGAGGCUGCAGUCUCGUGCAGAGGAUAGUGACAACCUCUGGUGGGAUGCCUUUGCAACUGAGUUUUUUGAAGAUGAUGCAACCUUAACUCUUUCAUUUUGUUUGGAAGAUGGACCAAAGCGAUACACCAUUGGAAGGACCCUAAUUCCUCGUUAUUUUAGCACUGUCUUUGAAGGAGGUGUAACAGACCUGUAUUACAUUCUCAAGCACUCAAAAGAGUCAUACCACAACUCAUCUAUCACAGUGGACUGUGAUCAAUGCACCAUGGUCACCCAGCAUGGAAAGCCCAUGUUUACCAAGGUAUGCACAGAAGGGCGCCUUAUCUUGGAGUUUACCUUUGAUGAUCUUAUGAGAAUAAAAACAUGGCACUUUACCAUUAGACAGUACAGAGAAUUAGUCCCACGCAGCAUUCUAGCCAUGCAUGCACAAGACCCUCAGGUGCUGGAGCAGCUGUCCAAAAACAUCACCCGAAUGGGUCUGACUAACUUCACCCUCAACUACCUCAGGUUGUGUGUAAUAUUGGAGCCAAUGCAAGAACUGAUGUCAAGACAUAAAACUUACAAUCUUAGUCCUCGGGACUGCCUGAAGACAUGCUUGUUUCAAAAAUGGCAGAGAAUGGUGGCACCACCAGCAGAGCCCACAAGACAACCAACAACCAAACGGAGAAAAAGGAAAAAUUCAACCAGCAGCACUUCAAACAGCAGUGCUGGGAACAAUGCAAAUAGUACCAAUAGCAAGAAAAAAACAGCAGCUGCAAACCUGAGCCUGUCAAGUCAGGUACCUGAUGUGAUGGUGGUAGGAGAACCAACACUGAUGGGAGGAGAAUUUGGGGAUGAAGACGAAAGGCUUAUCACUAGACUAGAGAACACACAGUAUGAUGCAGCAAAUGGCAUGGAUGAUGAAGAAGACUUCAACAAUUCACCUGCGCUGGGAAAUAACAGCCCAUGGAACAACAAACCUCCUGCUAACCAGGAGACCAAAUCUGAAAAUCCCACGCCACAAGCUUCCCAAUAGGGUAUUCUGCAGCAUUAUCCACUGUUAUGUAUGUCAGUGGAUUAUAAUUACUAUUUUACACCAUUCUUAAAAAAAAAAACCUUUCCAGAUACAGUAUCUAUUUCUAAACUACAGCUAUUUGAUUUUUUUUAAUUAGAGAAAAAUCAUAUAUAAGCUUUCAUGUACCUUUCUUGGAAGCUUUCACACAUGACACGAUACUGGCACUGAACUCUAUUAAAAUAAUUGAAAAUUAAAUAGCACCUGGUGGCAAAUUUCAAACAAAGCAUUUUGUUGGAGGGGUCUUUUUUCCUCAUCAAACAAAGGCCAUAUUUAACAAGUCUUCAGUGCUCAGGAUCUCGUUAACAUAACUAUGGAAAACUUUUUUAAAAUUGUAAAAUAUUUUCUGCUUUUCAACUUGCACCUACAAUUUCUUGUUUCAGAUAAAUCAGCUUUUUAAAAGUAAUUUAAAGCAACCUUAGUUCUUUCUUUAACUCUUCUUUCAUUGGUUAACCAUUUAAAGGAUCCAGCAUUUUUAAUUUAUAUUGUAGCUGAUGCCAAUAGUCCUUCUGUCAUUUAUCAAAGUGCUGAAACAAGAAAUGUCUUUUUUUUUCAUCAAAGACAUGAAAAAUAUUUUUAUGUGGAGAAAGAUGCCCUGUCCUAUGAGAGUUUAUGCUUUGUAAAAUUGCUGUUGAUCCAGAUAUUUUAAAGCCAUGUAAUCCAUUAAUUUUGUGGGCAGCUUAAUAAAUCUAAAACUUUUGUGUUUAUUAUUGUAUCUGAGUUGGCUUUGUUGUUAUUUCUUUUCAUAGUAUAUUUCUUGUAUCAUAUUUUUGUAAAGCCCUGGAGCCCUCAAACCAGUUAAUUUUUUAUUAUUAUUCUGGUGUAUUUAUGUGAAACUUUAUAAAAGAAACUAAUUUUUUUCAUUUCCAUAUUAAUAUGUUCAAUUCAUCAUGUAAAGACACAGUGAGUCAGUGUGUUAUAUAAUACAACUGUAUUUUAUGUAUGCUUUGCCAAUAAGUGUGCCAAUAAACUGUGUUAACAAAUGUGCUCUUACAUAGUACUUUUAUAGUUCCUUACAGACAAGAAACAUACCAACUUUGACUGAUCACAUAACAGAAAUGAUAGGUGCAGUUGAUCUGAAUUCCUUUGUCGAUUUCUUUUCUAGCACAAAGGGAAGGCUGUAUUUAAAGGUAUAUAACAGUCACAUUUUAAUUGGUUUAUAUCUUCUCUCAUUAAGUGUUUGUGUCAGUGAGGGCCCAAUAGCAGUGGCUAGCACCAAGCCCAAAGAAGUAUAAUAUAGCAGGAAUAGCACUGAACUACCUAGGCCGAAGCACCCCAGUAUUGAGCUACAUACCUCUGAUCUUCUGGUCCAGGGAGUCAGUUGAGCAGAGGCAGCCCACUCUGCUGAAUUCCAUGUGAUAGAGUUCCAUAGACUAUUGACAAAAGGAUUGGAAGUUAUCGUUUCUUCUUCUUUUGCUAUCAAAUACAGUAUUCAAAAAUUCCAGUUUGCAAGCUUAACAGGAACCUACAGCGUUUUAAAUAGCACUGAACAACUUGAUGCACAUGAUACCAGAGCAAUCCAUUCUGGGACAUUGUAACAAAAUUCGUUUCAGACAGAACAGGAAUUGCUGAGAAUGUCAGAAGAGUACUGUGAACUCCAUUAAAAAGCGCAAUCCUGCAGGGAAAGCACUACCCAAGAUUCUCAAGGGCAGUGUACUUCAUAAUACUUUUUUUUAGUGCAUAGAAAAUCACACGAUAUCUCCUAGGCACACCACUUUUGAAUGUCUGCUACUGUAGUAGCCGCAUCACUAACACUGCACCAGUUUACUGAGAGAUCCCACAACUUAAGCAAUAUGUGAAGUUAAAGGGGCAAAUAAAAUAAUGCAGCAGUUCCUGAUUCCUGAUUUGGACUGAUUGAUGAAAGACUGCAAACUGUUAAAGCUGAUAAAAGAAAUAUAUUCUAAACAAUUGGCCCCUCAAGAAAGUUACUGUAACUGAGCUCUUAAGCUAAACAUGGCAAGCUGAAUAAAGUGUGAUUGUUGGGAAUCUUUGGUACUUAAGAGAUCCUGAAACACAGCAGUAUUGGGAUAAACAGCAAAAAAAAUAAAAAAUGAAAGUAAUUUCUACACUGUAAGCCAGAUCAUUAAUAGAUAUAAAUUAAUGCCAGUGAGGCUAUGCCAGUUUACACCAGACAAGGAUCUGGUCCUCACGGCUCAUGUGAUUUUAUGCCCCGGUAAAUCAGUUAUUCAAUAAUGAAAUUGCAAAUUAAAAAAGAGAAAAGUUUGCAAGUGUUUUCUCAUUCUAAAAAGUUUAAGGCUUGCUCCUAUCUGUGUAGUUAUUGUGUUUCUUUCUUGGUAACCUUUUCAUUUUGGAAUUUUUCAUUAACAACACUUUUUUUUUUUUAAACCCAGAGAGAUACAGAUUUUAGCCAUGCUACCGAGUCAGCCAUCAAAAUAAACAUUAUCUAAUACAAAAAAUGUCAAAACUGAGGAUUUUACUAACCUGUGGUGACAUGUAUGUUUUUAUUGUGGAGUUAGACUGUCAGAAGUUUGGAAAACAAUCUUUCUAGGACAGUGACAGAUUUGCAGAUUGCAGUGUUGCCAACUCUCAUGAUUUUAUCAUGAGUCUUGUUAAUAGUGGAUGUUUUACUUAAAGCCCGAGAUCCUGGAGACAAGUGAUUAAGUGAGAAUCUCAACUUACAUUUUAAAAAAGUAUAUUGUUAGCCCUCCUGUUGUAGAGAAAAGUUUGAAAAUAUGGCCCAAGUGCACCGUAAAGGCACUACUACUUUGGCUGCAUCUGUAGCUGCCCCUACUACUGGCUGGAGCGUCUGCCAGGGAACAUUUUUUAAAGGAGUGAUUUUGAAACCUUUUGAAUUCUGAAAAUACAAUAAAAUAAGUGCUAAAAGUAACUAGAAAAUUAAAGUUUGUCCUCAUUUGAAUAAGUUUAUGUUCAACUCCUUUGUGUGAAUUUUCAGGUAUAAUUAAGAGAUUUAAACCCCACUUUAAAGUUCCAAUUCAGGAAAGCAUCCCUAUUCAGCAAAUAAGCCCACGGUUAACUGCUUUGCUGAACACAGAUGGAUUUAAGUAUGGCCUUUUGUAUCUUAUUGAAUAGGAACAUGAAGACCUAAUUCAAAAUCUAUUGUAGUUAAUGGAAAACCUCCCAUUAAGUUAAUGGACUUUGGAUCAGGCCUUACAUGCAAAACCUUACCAGUGCAACCUUAACUAGGGAGCUGCUGACUUCAUAAUACUAUUUAUGUUAAAAAUACAGUUUCUCUCACCAGAAAACCUUUGCUAGCCUGAGCUAAGGGGACUCGUACAUUGGCUCAGUGUUUCAGUAACUAGUACAGUAGGAACGAUCUUAUGUCAGUAACCUCCUCUCCCUAUGAUAAUUUAAUUAUAUGCACUGUGCAUCUCUUGGAAAGUUACACAACUGCCUCUGGGUAAAGAAUAGUUCCCUCUGUGAUCUCCACGAUGUUACAGGGGUACUUGUGCACUGUGUGUUUUUCUCAGAUCCCAGCUCUCGUUACAGAAGUGUAUAGAUAUCUGAUGUAUUACAUGUAAUAUAAUGUAGGAAAGCCUGGAUUGAGUAUGGCUGCAGAGAUAGUGGAGUUGCUCCGUCAUAGCACAUUCAGCAUGUCGAGACAGUGGGUCUAUCAAUCAAUGACUUUAUCAGCAAUUAUUUUUUCCAUGUAAAUAAUUAAAUGCACACUGUAUUCCAUUAAGGGAUUACUGGCUCCUAUAUAGCCGCAGAAACAUUACAAUUACACACUGUAAUUCUAAUGUUCUAAAACCCUAAUCAUUUGUAUUAUAUUUCCAUAAGAACACUUAAAAGGCCUUCCUUAUUAUUAAUCUUUUAAGACUGAUGCUACCAUUUUAAUUCAUAAAAAAUGUAUAAUGUGAUAUCACCCUUGUCAUUACAGUAAAUAAACAGGAGAACAUUUGAAAAAUGG